GUAGGUUUCAAGCUUCAUCCAGGCAGCUGACUUCCAACUCAAGGACUCAACUCCUCAACGGCCUGCAGAAGAUGAAUUUACAUCCCUCAGUCGCACCGUGUGAGGGCGGUACACCAGAGCCCAACUUGGUCUUCAUCAAAACGCACAAGACUGGAAGCACCACGUUGUCGCACAUCAUCAACCGAUUCGGGUACACACGAAAGCUCUCCUUCGCUCUCAACAAAAGACAUCGCAAUAACGGACAUCUCGGUUAUAUCACUUUAUCCAAGACAACUCCAAAAGAAAUAUUUCUCCCUCCAAUCGGAGUUUCCAAGUGGGCCAGGACUUUUAGGUACAACUUGAUGACCGGCCACGCCCGCUACGACCGGGCAAAGAUGGAUGCCUUCAUGACGUCACCAACUCAUUACGUCACCAUCCUUCGCGAUCCGGGUCACCAGUUCGAAUCUGCUUUCUCACACUUCCAGUUCGACGAUGCGUUUCUCAUUCAGGAACGGAAACAUUAUAAGACGAUACCAGCCAAGUUAGAGCACUUCAUGGGAACAGCAGAGUUUUACCGAAACAGGCUGAAGCAUUUAUCAUGGGAGGGGGAAAGGGGACUUCGCUGGUACUACGCAAAGAAUAAUCAGAUGUUUGACAUGGGUUUGGAUCACGAGCACCACAAGGAUGACGAUAUUGUCUCAGCGUACAUCGACAAGCUAGAAGCAGAGUUGGAUUUAGUUUUGAUAACCGAGUACUACGACGAAUCGUUGUUACUCUUACAGCGUUAUCUUUGUUGGGACACUGCUGACAUAGUGUACGUGUCCAAAAACAUGAGGCCGCCCUCAGCGCCCGUUUCCGAAUCACUCAGAAAGAAGUUGAGACAAUGGAACUCGGUGGAUAUGAAACUUUAUAAACAUUUCAAUGAGUCCUUAUGGAACAAGAUCAGUGAAUACGGGCCGAACUUUCAGUCCGACUUGGCAAAGUUUCGUGAGCAACUUAAAGAAGUGCUUGAUGAAUGUGUUGGAGAUUUGAAGGUGUCGUCACAGGGUCGGUUCAAGUACUCUAAUUAUAAGGUCAAGGCGGGUUCAGGGGUCAACUGCACUCUUAUAGCUGAAUCAAAAUCCGCUUUGUUCUCUUCAAUAUGGCGGCGUCAGUCACAACAAACCGACACUGUAGUCAAAGUAGGGAACACGCAACUAUCACUUCAUAAUUAUGUUAUAAAAACUUGAAUAUUUAAGAAACAUUUGGCCUAUUGGUAUGAUAAAACAUCGUCUCAGAUCACAGAUUUACAUCAAAAGUUAACAACCUCUAAUGAUGAUGAUAGUAAGUACUUCUGUCUGGAAUGUCAUAUUUAAUGAUAAAUAAAUAAAACUCAUUUCCCGUUUGCAUUGAGUUUAUCGCUCAGUGAGCGUUUUAUUAAUUUUUCUUUUAAAUCGAAGUCUUCCAAUUAAUGUGUUAUCGGAUACUAUUUUCUCGUGACCAAGAUGGCCGAUCGAUCUCAAACUUCUUCAGGUUUGUCAGUUUAUGUAUAUUGUGGAUUACAUAAAUUGCUUACACUGACUGCCAGCAACUGCUUUGGUAGCAAAAACCAGAUCUGUAAUUGCUUCUUUUCUUGCUAAUGAUCCUAUCUAUAUUGA